UCGACUUGGGCGGCGUGUUUGCAUAGCUUUACAAUUAGGUGAAAUCGCAGAAUCUUAAUUCGUUAUCGGGCCAACGGAGCAGUGAAACUUGACUUAAUUGUUUGACUGCGUGCAUUCAAGUGAUUAGGUAGUCUCUCACCUAUUUACAUGCGUAGCUAGAAGGGCACAUGAAGUUGAAGUUGGUUCGUGUUGACGGCAGGUGACCAGAGUGGCAAUGAGCGAACAUGGGUCAGCUGCCUCAGACAGAUCAGGCCAGAAACGCAAAUUUGAAGUGGAACAUCUUUGUAACAGGGAGAGCGAAGAUGAUGAUGACACCAUCUCCAUCGGAAGUGGCAAAUAUUCCAAGUUUUCGUCGGACUCCGGCGGCAGUAGCACUAAAAAGCAAAACCACAGCGAGAUUGAGAAGCGGCGGCGCGACAAGAUGAACUGCUACAUCUCUGAGCUGUCGCAGCUCAUCCCCAUGUGCCAGUCGCGCAAGCUGGACAAGCUGACGGUGCUGCGCAUGACGGUGCAGCACAUGAAGAUGCUGCGCAGCUCCACGCCAUCGGCCAUCGAGGGCAAGUUCAAGCCGGCCUUCGUCACCGACCAGGACAUGAAGAGGCUCAUCCUGCAGGCCGCCGACGGCUUUGUCUUUGUCAUAGGCUGUGACCGAGGCCGCGUUCUCUAUGUGUCCAAGUCGGUGGAGAAUGUGCUUGACUUCUCCCAGGACGACCUCAUUGGUCAGAGCCUGUUCGACAUUCUGCAUCCUCGCGACAUCUCCAAGGUGAAGGAGCAGCUAGCCACCUCCAACCUCGCGGCACGCAGCCAGAUCAUCGACUCGAAAACCAUGCUGCCAAUCCCGACGAGCCUGCCGAGCGACGCCAACAGCCUGUGUCCGGGCUCGAUGCGCUCCUUCUUCUGUCGCAUGAAGUGCGGCGGCGGGGGCGGCGCCGAGGACGGUGACGCGCCGCCCGGCCAGCGUCGCCGGCGGCGUUUCUCCGCCGCCGGAGACAAGCGGUUCAAGAUUGUCCACUGCGUCGGCUACCUGAAGGCCUGGGUGCCAUCCUCCGGCGACGUGGGCAAGGAGCCCGACGAGGACGGCUGCAAUCUCUCCUGUCUGGUGGCCAUUGGCCGACUCUACUCCAACAUGGUGGCCGGCCCGCUCGAUGCCGGCAGCUCGCGGCCACUCGAGUUCUUCUCGCGCCACGCCAACGACGGCAAGUUCCUCUACGCUGACCAGAGGGUGACGCUGGCCCUGGGCUACCUGCCGCACGAGCUGAUCGGCACCAGUAUCUACGAGCUGUGUCACCCGGACGACAUCGCGGGCAUCGCCGACACCCACCGCCACUGCCUGCGCUCGUCUGCCGGCGAGACCCAGGUGUACAAAUUUCGUGUCAAGAAUAACUCUUUCGUCACGGUGCGGACCAAAUGGAAAGCGUUCAAAAAUCCUUGGACGAAGGAACUCGAAUACAUAUCAGCAUCCAACCAAAUCAUAAACUCCAGCCCUCUGCGCUUCUCGGGGUUAUACUGCCUGCCCGACGCCGGCCCCAACGACGCCCUGUCGGCCUUCUCUCCUCUGCGUCCGGACGACCGCUGCUCCGAUCCAGGUGGCCCUGGAUCGGUGGAACCUGCCGGUAAAUUCGACAGCAUCAGUGCCAGCAAGAUCGGCCGCCGCAUAGCAGAUGAGAUGCUGGACUGCAGUCGGCGUCCGUUGCCGUUGCUAGCCUCCGCCAGCCCGGCCUCCAACGUCGAGGCCCUGUUUGACACCAUUCGGGAGAACUCCAACUCCGGCUCGGCUCUGUCCGAUAACGAGGACGUGCUGCUCGAUAGUCAUCAGCUGCUGACGCAAGUGAUGCAGGACUCAACGGUCGAGGCGCCGCCAGCCGGCCAACCGCCCUGCUAUGGCCGCGACGCGCCACCCCCGCCGCCACCGCCGCCGCUCCCGCCGCCACCACCACCGCCGCCGCCUCCCCCGCUUCCGCCGCCGCCUCCUCCACCCGCCCGCAAGGGGCUGGCGUCUUCACCGGCGCCGACGGCAGCGGCGGCGCGCAGCCCGGCUGGCGCAGACUCGCAGGAGGACGAGGCGGCGAUGGCCGUCAUCAUGUCGCUGCUGGAGGCGGACGCCGGCCUGGGUGGCCCGGUUGACUUCACCGGGCUGCCCUGGCCGUUGCCGUAGCUCUCGAGGCGGCCGCUCAGGCUGGGACCCACCUCUGUGGAGAGCCAAGCUAGCCCGCCGCUGGCGUCUGCAGCGGGCCAUGCUUGCGUUAUUUUCGGUGUACGCUAGAGGCGCACGAGACGGACAUGUUCAGGGAGAUUGGGCGGAUUAUCAGGCGUUGUCGCGACGGUGCGAGGAAGAACCCCUCGCCCCCCGGCAGCGUCCUAGGCCCGAGAGGCAGCCGCUCAGUCACUGCGGUCGUCUCCUCCAUUGGGGUGGGGGUGGCAUAGCAGCCCGCGGCCGAUGAGCCCAAACACUGCUUGGAUGGAGACGGCUACCUCACUGCGGACGGCCAGCGGUGAUCCGACCAACGUCCGGACGACCCGCCGUCGUUGGCGCGUGAUACUUGCCAAGGGAGACGGAAUACCGAGCUGAGGUUGGCUCGUUUUGUGCCGGCUCCGUCAGCUCGCGGGCCCGUCCGUCCGUUGUAUGAGGGAGUGAUCGCUCUUCUGACCGCCCUUUCACUGGACUGGGGCUCAGUAUUCAGACUAGGAUUUCUGACACUCAGAACGCAAAUCUACUCCAAUGUAUUUGCGUACUCAUUGCCCACACAUUUCCGAAAACAACUAGUAUCGGUGAGCGGGAGGUAUUUGUCAUUGGACUGCGAUCGCUAGCUGCCAGCUGGCGCACAGGACCGGGGUAACGAUGAUUCUGGAUGCGUUUUGACGAUCCGAGCAGGCCGUUUGGAGGACAUGUUUUGUGCUGUGUUCCGGGCCAUGAGUCAACAUAUCAUGCAAGGAUUGCAGCUGGACAACUACCC